UGCAACAUACAGUACUCCUGAGAAACGAAACUGAAACCCAGACUGCUAUAUAUACAGUAAGCUGAGGGCUGGCGCUGCAGAAGGCAGAGGGGAUAUUACAGACUCUGCAGUGUCUGCAUUGCAACAUUGUAUCAUUCACUCGUCACCGCCUGAAGAAGACUCCACUUUACUAUGGAUCAAGAAAGCAACGACGAGAGCUCCAUCUACAUGAUCACAACGUUUAGAGAGCGGCUCAUCCAGGGCAUCCAGGUGACCCAGGUGCUGGACUACUUGUACAGCUUUGAUCAAGAGUUUAAAGACGAACUGAAGAAUAAAGAGAGAUAUGAGAGCCCGGCAGCCGCGGCCAGAAUGCUCCUAGAUCGCAUCAUACAGGGUCCCAGACAGCGCGGCUGGUUUCAGGAGUUUGUGACCGCCCUGGGGAAGGCGGAAUGCACCCAGGCAGCCAUGUAUGUGACGCCGGACAGGCUGCCAGCUCCUUCCGAAGAGGCCAAAUCUGAUGACUGUGCGCAGCUGAUCCAGUUCCUAUACCCAGAUCUGGUGGAGAGGAUGGAACCUGCGGAAAUUGGGCUGAUGUGCUUUACUAAGGGUAUAUGCAGCAAAGAAGAUCUGCAGACGAUCAAUAAAAAGAUUUAUCAAGUAUCAGAAAAUGAAGGAAGCCGAGAACUCCUGACCAGUAUCACUAAGAAGAAAGAUUGGUUCAAAAUUUUUGUGAGAAUAUUACAUGAAAUGGACAAGCAGGAGAUGGUCAAAGAAUUGACAGGAUGCACAUAUGAAGAAUUUACAGCAGAGAGCAAUGGAACAGAUCGUCCACUAGAUUGUGUCCGCACAGAGUACAAGAGUGAUUCCCAAGGUGACAACGCGAUUACUGAAGUAACCAAUCAGAAGUCUGGAAACCACAAUACAUCAGGUGACAGCAGCAUGUUGGAUGUGUCAAAAGCAGAAAGCGUUGCUCUCUCAGCAGAGAGCAGUGGAACAGAUCAUUCGCAGGAUGAUGUCAUCAUAGAGGACAUGACUGAUUCCCAGGAUGACAAUGUAAUUUGUGAAGCAACAGGUCAGAAGGCUGAAAACCUCAAUGCGACAGGUGACAGCAGCAUUUUGGAGCUGUCCAAUGCAGAAAGCUCUGCUCACUCAGAUUUGAAUGCAAGUUUUUCUGAAUUAAGUAUGAACGGAUCAUAUGAAACCGUUGAGAGCACUGAAUCAGAUGAUGAUGUGACAGAAGGAGCUUCUCCAUUUCCUGAGAUUACUCUCCGAGAUUACCAGAUGGAAGUGGCCAAACCAGCUUUGGAAGGAGAAAAUAUUAUUGCAUGCUUGCCCACAGGAAGUGGGAAAACCAGAGUGGCUGUAUACAUUGCCAGAGAGCAUCUCAGCAAUAGACUAAAAAAUAAUUUGCCAGCAAAAGUUAUUGUGUUAGUCAACAAGGUCCCACUAGUUGAGCAACAUUUCAACAGUGAGUUCCAUCCAUACCUAAAAGAUCGCUAUCGCGUCAAGAAAAUAAGCGGGGAUUCUCAGUUGAAGAUUUCAUUCCCUACUGUCGUAAAGGAGAGUGAUAUUAUCAUAUGUACAGCUCAAAUACUGGAAAAUUCAUUGAUUCUGAAGGAUGAAGGGGUGCAACUAUCUGAUUUUUCCCUCAUCAUAAUUGAUGAAUGUCACCACACUCAGAAGGGUGCAGUCUACAAUAAUAUUAUGAUACGAUACAUAAAGCAGAAAAAGAAGAAUUCUAAAUUGCUGAAGAUGCAAGAGCCGGUGGUCCCCCUCCCGCAGAUUCUGGGAUUGACAGCAUCGCCUGGAGUGGGCGGAGCUAAGGACAGUAAAAAAGCUGAGGAGCAUAUAUUACGGAUUUGUGCCAACCUUGAUUCUAGGAUCAUGACUGUACAAAAACACAUUGAUCAGCUCGCCAGUCUGGUGAAACAGCCUUACAAGAAAGUUGAUAUUGCUGAAGAUAACAAGAAGAAUCCAUUUGGGGAUAAACUUAAAUAUCUGAUGCUGACUAUUGAAAAGUUUAGUGAUUUAAAUCCAACAUCUGAGCAAGGAUCACAGUCCUAUGAACAGUGGGUUGUUCAGAAAGAAAAUACAGCUGCCAAGGAAGGGAACCGCAAACAGCAUGUAUGUGCGCAGCACCUGAAGAAGUACAACGAUGCUUUGCAGAUCAAUGACACAAUCCGUAUGAAUGAUGCGUUAAGUCACCUGCAAAAAUUCUACAUGGAAGAAAAGAAGAAGACCGUCCUGCUGAACGAGUCUGAAGUUCCUGUAAAAAUCGAGGAGACUGAUAAGUUUCUUAUUGAUUUAUUUUAUGACCACAGGAAAGAACUGGAGCGGCUGGCUGCAAAAGAAGCCUAUGAGAAUGAGAAGCUUUCUAAACUGAGAAGAGCCAUAAUGGAAGAAUUCACCAGGAAUAACAAAGCCAGAGGAAUUGUAUUUACAAAGACUCGACAGAGUGCAGUUGCUCUGUGCCAGUGGAUCAAAGACAAUGAGAAAUUCAGAGAAGUGGGCAUUCAUGCACAUUAUCUUAUCGGAGCAGGGAGCAACAGUGAUUAUAUAUCAAUGACUCAGAAUGAUCAAAAAAAAGUGAUUCACAAAUUUAGUACUGGAGAACUCAACUUACUAAUUGCAACUAGUGUGGCUGAAGAAGGUUUGGAUAUUAAGGAGUGUAACAUUGUUAUCCUAUAUGGUUUGAUCACCAAUGAAAUAGCAAUGGUACAGGCCCGUGGUCGAGCCCGAGCUGAAAAUAGUGCAGUAGUAUUGGUGGCUUCUAGCUCGUCAGGGGCUGUUGACCAUGACAGUGUCAAUGUAUACAGGGAAGGCCUGAUGCACAAAGCCAUUCAUAAGGUGCAGCAGAUGGACCCCAAACUUUUUGCUGAAAAGAUUCAGGAAUUUCAGACUCAAAGCGUCAUUGAGAAGAGAGUGAAGAAGAUGAAAAGCAAGUGCAAAGAGUAUCAGGAGAAUCCGUCUAUGGUGACUUUCUUGUGCAAGAAAUGUCAGAAGCUGGUUUUUUCUGGAAGCGACAUUUCUGUCAUAGAAAACAUGCAUCAUGUCAUUGUAGACAGCAAGUUUAAGAACCUGUUCAAACUGGGAGAAAAUAAAACACUUCAAGAAAAAUUAGCAGAUUACCAAACGAAUGGUGAAAUAAUUUGCAAGGAUUGCGGACGAACAUGGGGAACAAUGAUGAUACACAAAAGCCGAGACCUACCCUGUGUGAAAAUCUGCAACUUCGUCAUCAAAUAUCAGGAAGGAAAGUUGACAAAAGACACCUUGGAUGUUUGGAGCGAGCUGCCAAUUAAGUUUCCUUCAUAUAAACACGGUGGAGAUGACGAUGAUGAUGAUGAUGACGACUAGGUACAAAAUGCACCAGAACUUGUUGUUUUUGCUGCUUUUUGGCGCAUCACAACAUUUAUUGCAUCAUAGCUGGGUACAUCUCACUGCUUUCCAAAAGGUCAUUCCGGGAUUGGAUAUGAGUAUCAAAUGAUCUACUGAAAUCCUCAUUUGAGAUGGCCUCUUCACUCACAUUCUUUACAGUCCUUGGGAGAAUCGCAAUAAAUGUUGUAAUGUAGUCAGGACUUUCCAACUUCUCAAAAUUUUUACUUCAGCCUUCUCAAUGGAACUUGUAGUAAAUUACAAAACUAUGGAUCCUGGAAGUCUUCUCUUAGGACUAAAAGUUGUAAACUCUUAAAAUAUAACAUUUUAUUUUGGUGCAGUUCUAUGGCAGUUUAUUGGAGGACAUUUUCAAUCUAGUGGGCAAGUAUUUGUAGAACCAUGCUUCUGGUAUGUCACCAUGUUUUCAUAAACUAUGUAUCAUGAUUGAUAAUGCCAAAAUAGCAGCCAUUUGGUUGCUGUGGCAUGGAAAUGAUGGCCUCCUCUCGCCACCUGAUUUUGCCCUGGACUCGCUGUUAUUUUUAUUCAGCAAAAAUAAGUGAGUGUGGAGCUAACGUAAGUGUGGCUUACAGACGCACUUACUCACGGGGGUGAGAUAAUUGAAUCGACCCUAUACAGUAAAAUGUACUAUGUGGCUGCUAGAAAGAAGGGGACUAAAUAGGGGUCUGUGGGGUUUAUGUACUAAGCCUUGCAGAGAGAUAAAGUGGAUGGAAAUCAAGUACCAAAUAAUCAGCUCCUAACUGCCAUGUGGCUGUGUUUGAAAAAUGAGUUAGGAGCUGGUUGGAUGGUACUUUUGGGGUCAUUUAGGUGUGGUUGCAUCUGAGACCGUAAGCGCAAAGUACUGAUUUUUGGUACUUUGCGCAUGCACAGGACCCGUUCUGCACAUGCACAAACGGGUUCUGCGGCAUAGGACGCAGGCUGGCAUCACACUGUCAUUGAUUGACAGUCUGAUGCCAUUUCGGGGGCGGAGAUGGGGCGGCAACGGGCUUCAUUUGGAUAAACGGAGGCAUGUCACCGCCAUAUAGGGCGUAGGAAGAGGCCACGGAUGUCCAUCUUAGGACAGAGAUUUCCUGGCCUCUGCGAUUGGUGGAUUGCGCAGCACCAUGGGUGCCGUAAGGUGCCCGAUAGUGGGUGCUUUGAUCCGAUGCUGCAUCUUAGGAAGCAUGUUGAAAAUAAAAAAACAUUAAUACCCAACAAAGGAGAAGGUUCUUCACAAUAAGGAUUUGGAAUACCUUGCCAGAGAAGGUAGCAAUGGUGGACUCAGUAAUUGAGUUUAAAAAUGGCUUGAAUAAAUUUCUAAUUGAUAAAGAUAUCCAGGGAUAUAACAUUUAAAAAGACUAUAUUGAGUUACUACGGGUAUACUUUGGUUACAUUCAUAACAGUAUAGGAUCAAAACAAAGGUUGAACUCGAUGGACAACUUUUCUGUUUUCAACCUCACUAAGUAUGUUACUAUGUUACUAUCCAAGUGCAGCAGGAGGCGUCUGCAUGUAAUAGACAACUCCUGCUGUAUUUACAUACAGCGCUAUCCAAGGAAGCAGUAGUGAUAGGAAAUCCUCCCUCACCUGAAGGACCCCCUUUAUCUCUGUCCACUUUAUCCUCUCCAAGGUUUAGUACAUUGACCAAAAAGUACCAGCCAGCCAGCUCCUAAGGUCCAAAUGUAAUAGGCUCUAAUUUGCUGGUCCCGGCACCACUAAAGCCGCAAUUAGUUUUAAGGGUGAAUCCCGGCGGGACCAGCAAAUCAGAGCUUAUUUAAAUAUGAGCCUAUUGAUACAUACACACUAUACAAUUAUUGGGCUGAUCUGCCAAUUAUCAUGUGAUCUUUCUUUUUUAUGGUAUGUUAUAGGUACAUUUCAGCCAACUGUUACAACUCACAAUGUACAUAAACCCAAAUACUGUUAUAGAACCAGAUGCAGGUGCCUAAAAGGCUUAUUUUCCACAGCACAUGUGAAUGCAAAGUUAUAUAGAGCCUUGGGGACAGAUCUCAGGAAACAGUUCAAAGCAUGUAGGCAAAAUUAUCCUCAAUAUAAAUAUAGCCGUAACUCAGCAGUGGACAGGCAGAUGAUCAAAAUCCCAGUUUAAGUAUAUAGUGGUUAGCAUUACUGCCUCACAGCACUGAGGUCAUGGGUUUGAUUCCCACAAUGGCUCUAACUGUGUUCAGUUCGUACAGUAUAUUCUCCCCGUACUUGGUGGGUUUCCUCCGGGUGCUCUGGUUUCCUCCCACAAUCCAAAAAUAUACUGGUAGGUUAAUUAACAACAAAAUUAACUGUAGCAUGAAUUUGUGCGCGUGUACACGUGAAAGGGAAUAUAGGUUGUAAGCUCCACUGGGGCAGGAACUGAUGUGAAUAGACAAUUAUUCUCUGUAAAGCGCUGCGGAAUAUGUGUGCGCUAUAUAAAUAACUGGUAAUAAAUAAAUCAAGGGCAGGCUGCAGAUGGUCCAGAGUUCAGGCAGAGAGCAACACCAAACACAUGCAUGCCAGACAGGACAGUAUCCAGAAAUAUUACAGAUAGUAACUUCUGAGGUGGAUCCCAAGGAAUGAAAUGACCAGCAACGCAGUCUCAAGUAGAGGAGUUAAGUACCUGCACCACUGGUGCCAGUAAUCAGGAAGAUAAACUCCUAGCAAGUUUAUACUACAGAACAGAAGGAACUGAUUCCAUGCAGCAGCCCCCACUGGUGAACACCAGUACUACACAGGUCAAAAGAACAGAGAGUUCUAACACUGACAUCUUUUGAAAAGUCUGACUGAUCGGAUAAUCAAAACUGGGCAUUUCUGAUAAUUUUUGGACUGUUUUGAUCAUGCCUACACACCACACCAUAAAACACCACAUAAAUGGAAAAUCAGCCUAAUAAUGUAUAGCGUGUACCUAUCUUAAAUAAAUAGUGUCUGUUUCCAGUUAUUGCACUAGUUAUAGGAAAGAGGGCUCAGUCCUUUUCUCUCUGUUGACCCUUCAGGAACAAAGCACAUGAUGGCAGUCUUCCUCUUAUGUCAUAAUACAAUUCAUUAUUCUGCAUAAAACAGAUCUUCCAACAGAAAUCACUGGGAUAACGAGUUGAUCGCUAGCUGCCGUUGUUCGCAACGCAGCGAUCAGUGAAAAAAACGGCUAAUCUGUGCAUGCGUAUGCACCGCAAUGCGCACGCGCGACGUACGGGUACAAAGAGCAUCGUGGUUUUGCACAGGUUCUAGCGAAGCUUUCAGUCGCAUAGCCGAACGCAGAAAGAUUGACAUGAAGUGGGCGUUUCUGGGUGGCAACCGACCGUUUUCAGGGAGUCCUUAGAAAAACGCAGGCAUGUCGGGAAAAACACAUGCGUGGCUGGGCGGGUGUGUGAUGUCGAAAGCCGUCCCUCCGUCGUUAGAAUCAACGCACAUGAAGAGUAACUACAGGGCUGGUCGCUGGUCUUGUUUUGCACAAAAAGAUUUUGCAGGCGCACUGCUGCACAAGCGUUCGCACUUCUGCAAAGCGACAAUACACUCCCCAGUGGGUGGUGAUAAUGCGUUUGCAGGGCUGCAAAAAACUGCUAGCGAGCGAACAACUCGGAAUGACCCCCAUUGAACUGUUUUUAUUUUUGGGCAUGAAUUAUACUCCUCUACAAUCCUACUGUUUUAGUGUAUACGUGAUCAGUUAAUCCGAGCAGAUGCAAGAUUUCUCUGCACCCUAGGCAAAAUAUCAGCCUAUCCCCCUCCUCAACCCUUACACCAAUACCCACUUUCCAGCCUCAGAUGAAAGUGUUGAGGUAGCAUCUUAGAAGUUCAACAACAGCCAUCUGCAUUAAAUUUACUCAGAGUUAUCCUUCAUUUUCUGAUAAGCAGACUCAGGGCUGCCCCCAGAUCCUAACGCCUUAGGCAGCUGCCUACUGGUAAAGCCGGCCCAGCAGUUAAUCACAGUUUAGACCUUUUCCUGUUGGGCAACAUUACGUGUUUCAAUCUAUUUUAUUGUAACUAUUUGUUCAGCAUCAUGUCAAUCAACAAUCUUGUUUAAUUAGUUAACAGAUAAAUGAAAAAAAUAUGGCCUACAAUACAAAUGAUGGAAACCUC